AUCAAAGACGUGUUGAACUAUUUGUUUAACUUUCUUCUGUUCUCAUUUUCUCAUUUUUCUCUUUCACCUGCUUCUUCCUUCUUCUUAUUAUUGCAAGCUGUAAUUGGAUGUGAGUAGAUUUGUACUCAUCCAAUAGGUCAUAACUCAUAACACAACACACACUCUCUCUCUCUCUCUCUCUCUCUCUGUUUCUGUGAAAAACAGAGUUCACGUAUGAGCUUCUUCCCAAUGUCACCAUGGAUUUGAGACGCAUUGCUCUGCUUUCUCUUCCACGCGUCUCUCUCUAUGGUUCCCAUUUCAACUAUUCUUUUCAUUUUCUGACAAUGAGAUCAAACUUAUAGCCUCUUCUUCUUGUGUUUCUCUCUCAAAACAGAGAGAUUUGGUUGGAAAACCACGAAUAGGGUGCUAUUUUCUUCCAUUUUUCAACUUUUUACUGUUUUUCUGAGGUGGGUUUUUGAGAUCAGCCUUCAAAAUGGCACCUAUGUUCAAUUGGUGGGGGAAGGAGAAGAACCACCGCGGUGGCGGAACCCCUGUGGUGGUCAAAAUGGAGAAUCCGAACUGGUCCAUGGUGGAGCUUGAAGGUCCCUCCGAUGAAGAUUUCAUCAUUGCAGACCCUUCUUCAGGGAUUCACAGAGACAAAGGAAGAGGGAAGAACGCCAAGCAGCUGACAUGGGUUCUCCUUCUCAAAGCUCACAGAGCCGCAGGUUGUCUCGCCUCUGUGGCCCCUGCAUUGUUCAGCCUCGUCUCCGCCGUGAAACGCCGCGUGGCUUCCGGGAGAACCGAUGUUGACGGCGAGGGUGUCGGUGGUGGGAGGGGGAACGAGAGUGCCACCGUGAGGACAAGAUUCUAUUCCUGCAUCAAGGUGUUUCUCUGGGUUUCGGUUCUUCUUCUCUGUUUUGAGGUUGCUGCGUACUUCAAAGGUUGGCAUUUCGGUGCACCGAGUCUUCAGUUUGAGAAUUUGUGGGUUUCUUCUUCGUUUGGUGUGAAGGGUGUGUUUGAUUGGAUUUAUUCUAGGUGGGUUUUGACUCGUGUGGAGUAUCUUGCUCCACCUCUUCAGUUUCUGGCAUAUAUGUGUAUUAUUCUCUUCAUUAUUCAGAGUUUGGAUAGGUUAGUCCUCUGUUUAGGUUGUUUUUGGAUCCGGUUUAAGAAGAUCAAGCCUGUUCCGAAAGAUGGUGAAGUGGAUCAGGAAUCUGGUGAGAAGGGUUUCUUCCCUCUUGUGCUAGUGCAGAUCCCCAUGUGUAAUGAGAGAGAGGUUUAUCAGCAAUCAAUUGCUGCUUGUUGUAAUUUGGAUUGGCCUAAAUCCAAGUUGCUUAUUCAAGUUCUUGAUGAUUCUGAUGAUCCAACAACUCAGUUGUUGAUCAAGGAAGAGGUUAACAAAUGGCAGCAAGAAGGUGCCAACAUUAUUUACAGGCAUCGUGUGAUUAGAGAAGGUUACAAGGCUGGUAACUUGAAAUCUGCUAUGAAUUGUAGUUAUGUGAAAGACUAUGAAUUUGUUGCAAUUUUUGAUGCUGAUUUUCAGCCUACCCCGGAUUUCCUUAAAAGAACGGUGCCUCAUUUUAAGGACAACAGCGAAUUGGGGCUUGUUCAGGCAAGAUGGUCUUUUGUGAAUAAGGAUGAGAACUUGUUAACAAGGUUGCAGAACAUUAAUUUGGCAUUCCAUUUUGAGGUGGAGCAGCAAGUAAAUGGGGUUUUCAUUAACUUUUUCGGGUUCAAUGGAACGGCCGGAGUGUGGAGAAUAAAGGCUUUGGAGGAAUCGGGUGGUUGGUUGGAGAGGACCACCGUGGAAGACAUGGAUAUUGCUGUUAGAGCUCAUCUUCAUGGCUGGAAAUUCAUCUUCCUCAAUGAUGUUGAGUGCCAGUGUGAGCUACCAGAAUCUUAUGAAGCCUAUAGGAAACAGCAACAUAGAUGGCACUCUGGGCCAAUGCAAUUGUUCCGCCUUUGUUUGCCCGACAUCAUUCGCUCCAAGAUAAGCAUAUGGAAAAAAUUCAACUUGAUAUUCCUCUUCUUUCUUCUUAGGAAAUUGAUAUUACCCUUCUAUUCAUUUACACUGUUCUGCAUAAUUCUCCCGAUGACAAUGUUUAUACCUGAGGCCGAGCUUCCCGCCUGGGUUGUUUGUUACAUCCCAGCCACCAUGUCAUUUCUCAACAUCCUUCCUGCUCCAAAGGCCUUCCCCUUCAUCGUUCCUUACCUUCUCUUUGAGAACACCAUGUCAGUUACCAAAUUCAAUGCCAUGAUCUCUGGUCUCUUCCAGCUCGGAAGUGCAUAUGAGUGGGUUGUUACCAAGAAAUCGGGUCGUUCCUCCGAGGGCGAUCUUGUUUCCUUGAUAGAGAAAGGACCAAAGCAUCAAAGAGGGGUCUCUGUGCCUGAUCUUGAGGAACUUAAAGAAGAAAUCCAACUUCAGGAGAAAAAGGCAUCAAAGAAAAAAAAGCAUAAUAGAAUCUACAUGAAGGAGCUUGCUUUGGCCUUUCUACUCCUAACAGCUUCAGCAAGGAGUCUCCUUUCAGCUCAGGGAAUUCACUUCUACUUCUUGCUAUUCCAAGGCAUAUCAUUCCUCUUAGUUGGUCUAGACUUGAUCGGCGAACAAGUUGACUGAUAGCAUGUUAGGAUCAAUUUCUCUUUCAUCAGUGUCAAUUACGAAACCUAGAACCUACUCACAGAAGCUUCUCCUCACAAUGAUUCUGGAUUUUGAAUCAAUUAUAGAAGAGUUUCCGAAUCUGCACUGAAUUCGAAAGAAAAAACAAAAAUGAAGAUAAAGACUCUUUAGUCAAUACUAUGUAGAGAUAUACACAGAAAUCAAGGGUGGGCAAAGGGUGUCCUAUGAAAUCAUUGAAGACAGUUAUGGGGACAUUGUAGAGGGCUGAGAGUGUUUUCUUUUCUUGCUCAUGGUCCUUCUUACAGGCUCCUUAUCCAACUAUGGCCAGUACAAGACCCCACCCAAUUGUGUUAUUGUGGACAGAAGAAAAAGAAGAGAGAGGACUUGGAUGUUUAAGUUUUACCAUUUUUUCCCUUCUUCAUCUUGUAAUUUUAUGUUGAUUCUUUUUCUUUUUUGGAUUCAUUCUUUUGUAUGAAAAUUUGUGGUUUAAAGUUUAAACCAAGUGGGAAAUUCUAGUUGCAGUGAAAAGUCAGUUACACUUUC